UUACAAAAUAACAACUCAUGUACAAAAAUGACCUAUACCCCUAAACUAUCAUCAAUCCCAAGUAUUAAAAAAAUAAUAAUAAAUAACGAUCUUGCCUCAACUCCCAAGAAAGAUAUCAGGUAA